UCUUUAUAAAAUAUAACUAAGUAAUAAUAAUUUUAAAAAAAUUUUCUCAUUCGUUUUUAAAAUUUUCAGGAAGGUGAAGAAGAAGCACCAGCGGCAGCUCCUCCAGCAGAAGGCGAGGCUGCACCAGCACCACCUGCCGAAGGUGAAGCGCCGGCUGAAGGUGCCGAACCCGCCGAAGGCCAACCAACGGAGGAUCAACCUGCAGAAGGUGGUCAACCUGCAGAAGGAGCAACUCCAGAGGGACAACCUCCAGCAGAAGGAGCACCUGCCGAAGCACCUCCAGCAGAACCAGAAAAAGAAAAAACGCCAGAACCACCACCAGAAACAGGAUUCGAAACAUUCAAAAAAUUAGUUCUUAAUGAAAACUACGACAUUAUAACAUUACCUGAAACGAUAUUAGCACCGACAGAAGACAAAGAAGCAGUAGCUAUACCAAAUUAUUCACUAGUUGAAAAUCGUAGGGGCAGUGGAGAUGGCGUCAUAAUGUACGUCAAAGACUCUCUUAAAUAUAAAGUUGUUGAUUUAACAGCUGCAGCUACUGAUACUGAGCAUGCACAUCUAAGUUUUGAAGAUUUGUUAGAGAAAUUAAAGAAGAAUGGACAUGCUGCCGAAGCUGCAGCUCUAGAGGCUAAAGCAUCACCACCACGAGACGGAGCACCACCAGCAGAGGGUGCUCCAGCAGAAGGGGCGCCUCCUGCCGAAGGUGCACCACCAGCAGAAGGAGCUUCUCCAGCGGAAGGAGCAGCACCAGCAGAGGGAGCGGCACCAGCUGAAAGUGCGCCAGCUGAAGGAGCCGCUCCUCCUGCAGACGCCCCAGCAGCAGCGCCAGCAGCCGAUGCAGCCCCUGCGCCCGAAGCGGCACCAGCCGAGGCUGCUCCUGCUGAAACUUCUGCCGAAACUCCCGCUGAACCUGCCGUCGAGUCAGUACCAACGGAACCAGCGCCAGCUAUUUCUUCACCGCCCAUUAUAGAAGCUGCUGCUUAGAAUCUUAGGAUAAUGGAACAACAAUUUUUAAGGGCUAAUUAGGAGAAUAUUUGUAUGAGUCAAUAUUUUGUUUAAUGAUAUUUAUACAAAUAAUGUUAUGUUUGUCUGUAACAAUAUAAAUUUAUUUUACUUAUUAAUAUAAUACAUAACUAACUGAAUUGAGUUACUUAUAGUUAUUUUGUUAAUAUGUUAUUUUCAUCCAAUCUAAUUUCAAAAUAAAUGUAUUAAAAUAU